AUGGACUCUCGAGAUUCGUCCAUCGACGAGGCCCGUCCUCUCAAUCCCAAUGGCGAUCGAGUAGAUGCAAAGACUGCCUCCAUCUCUCCACCGCGAUUCGAAUAUUCUGAACAUGGACGAACCCGUCAACUGGCGUUCCCCUUGAUCGCCGUAUUGAGACAUCUCGUUGUCAUUUUCACCUUUGCCAAUAUUCUCAUCCAGUUGAUCUCGGAGCCAAGAAUGGGCGUCGAGGUCUUCCUCGUCGUCUGGGACUUUUUCAUCCUGUUUGGCAGUCUCGUGGCGUUGAUAGUUGAGACCUACAACGGAAAACAGAACAACCGUCUCCCCAGCCUUGGCAUCACGCUUGGUGACAAGACCUACUACCUCAUGGGCGGUCCCCCGCAACACAGCUACAUGUUCAUCCCCGAGCAGCACUCGAUGCCCGCGGACCGGAGCCGCACCUUUGCGCGGGUCGCAUCUUUUGUCGUCGACCUCAACCUGGUCGUCUUCUUGCUCACCUUUUCCGUCAUCAGUGUAACGAAUGGAAGGUACUGGGCAAAGUAUGAAAUGUCCGACAGCAUCGAAAGCGUGGCCAUUCUGCACUUUAUAGUCGUAGCCUUCAUGUUUAUCCUUCUCCUUGUACGAAUCAUCAGUGCCCGUACUGGUAGCACGGUCUCUCUGAAACUGAGUUUGGAGGAGGACGAAAAAUCUGGUCUCCAAUUGCCAGACGAUGAUGUGCCACGUGGAGUUUGA